GCUAGAUGGCGUCAGGCUACAAAGAUAAGCGCCGCAGUUUUAACCCCAACAGCGCCCCAGCCUAUAUAUAGCAGCAGACAGGUAGGUAACAACCGUCAACUGAAAUCUGCGACACACGUUUGACAACUGAGUGAGGAUGAAGAUGCUGGUAAAUAUUCUCGUUCUCUCACUGGCUGUGACCCUCACCCACGCCAUCGCCUGCACACCCGGGGUGUGCUCCCUGGUGCGCUGUGCUGCGGUGACGGAGGACAACUGUGACGGGAGGGUCGCCCGCAAUGGCGGCUUCUGUGGCUGUUGCGACCUGUGCGUCAGGCAGCUAAACAAAGGCGAGUCGUGUAUCGAGGCCUUCCUGCUGGGACUGUCCAUGCCGGCGAGCUCCGAGUGCGGCGCUGGUCUCACCUGUAACUCCCAGACUCACAUCUGUGAGGAGCUGCUGCUGAGCAAGAGGGCAGACCCUCAGACCUGCCAGGAGCGCUUGCAGCAGCUGCAGUCCGGCGUCCACCUUCUGGGUCAGUUCCUGCCCACGUGCGCCCAGGACGGCACCUACGCCGCGCGCCAGUGUCACGGCUCCGUGUGCUACUGUGUGGACCCGAGUGGCGUUAAGAUCGCAGACUACAGCGCGUCCAUCGGACAGUCAGCGGACAUGAACUGCCAGUGUGCACGUGACCAGUACGCCUACCUACAGACGGGGCUCAUCGGCAAGAUGUUCUCGUGCGAGGACAACGGCAACUACCGGAAGUACGGGUGCACAGGCUCCGUGUGUUACUGCACCGACUCACUGGGCCAACAGUUGGCCGACUCGCCCACCGUCAACAUCGGCGACUUGGCCACCCUCAACUGCUAGGGGGCGCCACCCUCCCCAGCCUCGAGUACCCUGGGGAAGGGGUCUGAGAGGGAAUCCAUGCAAAGACUUAAAGACCAGGAUUGGCUGUAAACCUUCAGGAAGUAGUUUGUGUCAUAUUGUUAAUAAACAGUUUACUUUAGCAAGCAGUGUGUUAUGAUGAUAAUAAACAGUUUACUUUUUAGCAAGCAGUGUGUUAUGAUGAUAAUAAACAGUUUACUUCACGAA